CCGGUCUGAUAUAAAUAUUCUACCUGGGUGUAGGUGACAUCAACCAUGAAGUCAGCGCGACGCCCCCGUCGGUGCAGAAAACUGCACUGUCCAGCGCAUGGAGCGCUGCCAGAGGAUAUAAGACAGCGUCCCUGCGGUUGAUUGCCCAAUCACGCACACUGGGUCGAAUUUCGAAACGAGCACACACAGGCCUUCAACUGUCACGAACAUUACGACUCACGACUCACAAAAUCAAGUGAUACAACAUGGGCGUCCUCAUUUCCAUCUUGGUGGGCACCAUUAAUGCCAUCGUCGCCGCUGUCGUCGGCAUCGUCGAGCUCAUCUUCGGCGGCAUUGCCUGGUUGAUCACAGGCAUCCUCUGCUGCGGCUGCUGCAGCCCUGCGGCAGGUACUGGUGUAGGGACGACAGGAACUACAGGCGCGGGAUAUGGAACAGGGACGGGGAUGAGUAGGCGGCGAGGCCUAUUUGGCGGCGUUGGACGCAGGAGGGGAGCAGGCAUGGGCGCUGGGACAGGCGGCAUGACUGGAGGCGCGGGCACUGGGAUGGGCACUGGGGGGAUGGGAACAGGGAUGGGCACGGGCGGCAUGGGCACAGGGAUGGGCACUGGUGCUGGUGUCGGCACGACUGGCGGCCUCGGCACGACGGCCUACUAAAGACAUUGAAUGCUCCAGCUAUACCCAGGACUG